CUAUAUAGACCCAUCUUAAGGGUUUAUCUCAGUUUGUUCGUCUUCAUCUUCGUACAGACUCGGCCGUCUCAGCGCUGUUAUCCUAGCUCCCCAAGAUGACCAAGAGAACCAAGAAGGCUGGUAUUGUUGGGAAGUACGGUACCCGCUAUGGUGCCAGUUUGAGAAAACAAAUAAAGAAGAUGGAGGUCAGUCAGCAUAGCAAGUACUUCUGUGAGUUCUGUGGGAAGUACGCGGUGAAGAGGAAAGCUGUGGGUAUUUGGGGUUGCAAAGACUGCGGGAAAGUCAAAGCUGGUGGUGCUUACACACUGAACACUGCUAGUGCUGUUACAGUAAGGAGCACCAUCCGAAGGCUUAGGGAGCAAACCGAGAGCUAGAAACGCGAAGCUAGUAGUCAAGCUUGAGACUUUUAUACUUUGGUUGUUUUGUAGCUAUCAAAAUCUAGACCUUUGUGUAAUGUUAGAGGGUGUUUUGAUUUUUGAAACAUCUGAAUCUUUUUGCAUGUUGGAAUUAAUGUGAGAUGCUGCUU